AUGCAAAUUGACGACAGAGACAAUGUUAUGGAAGCGAGUGGCAACCACUGGAAUUCCACAGCUAAACAUACACUUACUUGGACAAAAUUGGUGACCAAUGGUGAGCUUUUGCCAUCUAGAGCUGGGCAUACAAACAUUGCAUUAGGCAAGAAUUUGUUUGUGUUUGGAGGUUUUACUGAUGCUGAAGAUCUGUAUAAUAACUUAUACAUGUUUGAUCUUGAAACUUUUACAUGGACUAAAGUUAUGACAAUAGGAGAAGGGCCUUCUGCAAGAUUUUCAAUGGCUGGAAGCACUUUACAUCCACAACAUGGAGGUGCUCUUAUAUUCAUAGGUGGAUGCAAUAAGAAACUUGAAGCACUUGAUGACAUGUUCUACCUAUUCACAGGGAUUAUAACUAAAAACGGAAGAGAUGAAAGAAAACUGGAGAAGUUAUCUUUGAGAAAACAGUUGAGAUUGAAAAGUCAAGAACAUCAAGGUUUGACUUUGACUCCAGUGUGCGAUACCGAUACCCAAUGGCAAUGCCAAGUCAUAUCCAAUUUCCACCAAGAAGCCGAAGUUUUAUUCUCAAACAACAUCAAGAAAACAGUUGUUGAUGAUUUAAGAAGGAAAAGAGUUGCAGUUGAGAGUGUAAAAAAGGGAUUUGAGCAUGAUACCACAAAAAGUCCUGAACCUGAACAUCAUACACAUGGUACAACUUCUGCUGCUUCUGAUAUGAAGACACCAGCAACUUCUAAUGCUUCUCCACCUCAUGAGGUUGCAGGAGGGGUAAAAUCAUCUUUAGAAGUUAACAAAUUGAAUCCAUCAACAGCAGCUGAAGACACUGCCAAUUCAAUUCCAAAUCCAAACCUUGGACAUGAUGGUGAAUCUCAGCCCUUGACCGGUGAAGAACAUGGUCAACAAGUAUGA